UAGGUGUAAGGGGGCCUGCCCAUACGCCCUGGGAUUGAACCUGGUUGCUUCUGCUGUGAACCGACAGUUCCAGCACAGCCCACGCCAUAGUUUUGAGAAAGGAGGAGGCAGGUAUGAUUCUUGAAAACAGAUAAAUAAGAGGAUAAGACAUGAGAAGAGAGAGAGAGAGGGAGAGAGAGAGAGAGGAGGGAGAGAGGAAGGUAGAGUGUGGCCAGCAGCACCAACUGUGUUUCAGUGCUCCUCACGCCGUCCUGGGGUGUUGACUUGUGUUACUUUCUUCCCCUGGGGCGCUGACUUGUGUUACUAUCUUCCCCUGGGAUGUUGACUCGUGUUACUUUCUUCCCCUGGAGCGCUGACUUGUGUUAUUUUCCUAUUUAGGAAUGGUGAAGUGUGCGUCACUGCUGUACACUGUCCUGGCUACUGAUACACUGUCCCAGGAUGCCACCCACACCAGUCACCUAACAGUCAGGUGACUGUGUACUGCUAGAUGAGCAGGUGAAGGAGACAUCGGGAGACUUGAGUAUGCUUCUCCGCCUGUGGCCAGGAAUGAGCCCGGGUGAGUUGGUUGCCAACCGAGGACGCUACCACUGAGCUACCCUAUUACAGCAGCAUCUGUAAGACACAGCGACAAAACGCUACCGUUAACAGGGUGUUGGUAGAGCCGGUGUUUCCCCCUGCUGUUGCAACAACCCGUGCAUUCUUCUGAAGAUGUCAAGUUGAUCCAGAGCUCCUGGAAGCUCUAAGCACCGCUGGAGGUGUGGUGUCGGAUGCCCCAGGGAGCUGUAGCACCGCUGGAGUUGUUGGAACCCCGUGUAGCUUGCAGCACCGCGGGAGCGACACACUAGCUGGUCCUCAAUGUUUACAACCGCAAAGGAACUGCAGCAUUCUUUAAACUUUUAAUUUAAUAACAAAUUAAAGUAUCACGAAAUUCUCCUAGAAAGACAUAUAAAAGAAACUAAGUGAGGCAAGGUUUCUUCCUGGGGUUUAAAUUUCUAAGACAUGUCUAGCAGAAACCUCAUUGCUGAAUCUCACUGAGAGGAAUACUUAGAGUCUCCUGAAGAGGCUUACUCAAGCUCUCUUGCUGUAGGUGAAGUGCGCGAAGGAUUUCAAACAGGAAGCAAGACUCUGGACGCUGGUGAUGAGAUCAGCUAAGACUAGUGAAGGAGUCGGUUCAUAAACCUCUAGUGAUCCAUUUGCAGCUUUGUGAGAGGGUGGUCCAUUAGCGGUCACUUGAAGGGGGUGGUUUAUUAACGGCUUGGUGAAGGGGUGACCUGUUAGCACCCAGGUGAAGGUGUGGUUCACCUAACACAUUUAAGUCUCUGCUGACGAACUGAAAUACCGAGUUAAUGUGAGAAUUAGUUCAGAGCUAGUAAGUGUGAUUGACUGGAACCUAGCUAAAUAUAUGUGAUAAGAGAGUAGCUGCAUUAAGAGGGGGGUAUAGAGGUGCUAUGCAACAGUGACGCCUUCAGAAAAGUGGCUUACCAUCCGAUUACAUCACGGCAGAAUAAAGAGUGUGGUAUUUGGGCAGUUGGUAUGUUAGACCUAGUUAAACCCUUUCCAGUAUUCCAGGGACAUUAACGCUGCAUAUUCCAUACACACCACUAGUUAAUGAUACUUUAAAUCUUAAUAGAGGAAUUAAACUUUCAGUGUACAUACACUGAGAGAUAUACACGGAGAAGUGCAUAUACACUGCAUUGGGCAAUGCUAUUCCUGAGGUGUUCAUAGUCAAGGUACAGAAUGUGACUACCCAUCUUGGUGUGACGGUCGUGAUGCACGUCCCAGAACCCACCUCCGUGUCCUGCCCACCAGGACCCACCUCAUCUUGUCCACCGGGACCUACAUCCGUGUCUUGCCCACCAGGACCCACCUCAUCUUGCCUACCGGGACCCACAUCACCGCAGAUGCCCACUAGUGCGACGGUUCCUACCACCCAGACCCACCUUAGAGCUCUCCAGCGCCUCGCUGAGUUGUCACCGGAGUCUGGAAAUGGCGGGGAACUGACUAAGUUUGAUCUCUUGAAAUCUCCUCCUAGAGCCUGUGAGGCUGAACGAGAGCCUAGUCAAGAGACCUGUCAACCCUCUGGGGCUGCCGGGGAACGUGACCCAGCACUAGGUCACAACUAUAACGUUAAACAGCCCUUGGAACACACGCCCUCUGUUGGCGGGAACCAGAAGAGGUGCGUUUGUCUUUCUCCAUCUUGUAGUGAAUGUAAUCAAAGCGGCAAGUGUGACCAAACAGAGAAAAUGAUAACGUACGUAGCUGAGAAACCGGACAUGUCUCGGCUAAACUUACAGUCGGACCGACUGAUGAACCAUGAACACAAGGGUCGAGGGACGGUUCACUGGGAUGUGACAAGGACCGGCCAGCCGCCCCACUGCUCACAAGAGCAUCAACCAGCAGCGUUCAACUUUCAGUUCCUUGACUCGUCUCUCCUGGCAUCUUGUGGCACUCCAUUUCAAUGCGGAUCUUUUUCGGCCUCUUGCGGCGUCGUAGACAGGAUCAGUAAUGGUGUCAACAGCAGCGGUCCCUUCAGUUUGCCUGAGGGCGAUCCUAUGCUAAGUGGCACCCUCUCCCUCACCCCCUCUUACUUGGAGGCCGAGAAUAAGGUCAAUAUUAAGCCCUUCAGCAUACCACAAAACACGGAAACUGUGGGACACUGCAAAACUUCUAAUUCUUAUGGUAUUUCGAACUCUCUUAGUGCUUCUAAAGUUCCUUCCUUCCCUGAGUCCUGUUCCCGAGGUCUUCCUGCCAGAAGGUACACAAAUCCUGAGGUGGUGAGGAGUCAGCCUACUUCUGGUGGCAUAAUGACCACCACUUGUGACCUCAUGACCUUUCCCCCUGGGGAAUGCGCAUGCGUGAACCCUGGUACGAGUCACGCCUGCGCCACCAGGUGGUCACAGAGAGGCUCACUGGGUGUGCUCAACCCCUUAUUUGAACACGAGAGCUCCAACAGGAAAUACUCCAUUGACCUUGGGAUUAUUUCAAGAGCUUUUGCUUUACCAGAUUUCAACACAGGUUCCGUGUCCAGAGACAAUGUUUCCUGUCAGAGCCUUCACCACGAGACUGAUAGAACCAGUUCUCAAGACACUGUCACGCGAGGCUCCAGCAUUGUCAGCUCCCACAACAGACACUCCCAAAUACCCAACCGACUAUCGCAAGAAAAUCUCCCGUUCCAUUUCCAGGACCAGAGUCUAAGGCCACCUUCAACUACCCUUGGUAUUGGUAUCGAGUCUUCAAAUACCAUCAAUGAACUCUCUAAACCUCAAUUUCCUGAAUGCGUUGAUUCUCUCGCGUUGGGAGGCGCUCGUGGAACUUUACCAGACACAACCACGAUGUCAAGAUCAGUCAAAACAUCAGAUGCCAAGAGAAAGGAUCCGAGAGUGAUCUCCCAGGAUUGGUUCAGCUUCCUGACCCCAACACAGGACGCAUAUACACAAAGGCUCUUCAGUCCUGGCGACCUCCAUGAGGAACUGCUCUAUCCAGCACCUUAUGGAAGCAACUCAGAGGUCUACCAGAAUAUCAAUGCUCGCGAGGCAGACUUUGUUCUUCGUAAACCGAACAGGAAGCCAAGGACGGAGCCUCUGCCCCAGCAUCCCAUAGCCAGGACGCAGACACCAGCAUCUAAUGCCUCAGCAAAGACACAGACACCAUCGCCACGACCCACAGCCUGGACAGAGUCACUUUCAUCUUGUCCUACAGCCAGGACGGAAAUUCUACUGCCUGGUUCAACAGCCAAGAUGGAGCGAUUAACGUCUUGUUCUACAACCACGAUGGGGCUACUGCCACAAUCUCAUUCCACAAUAGUGACAGAACUACAUCCACCUCGUUCUGUAUCCAAGACGGAACAAUUACCAUGUCGUUCCACAUCCAAGACAGAACAAUUACCAUGUCGUUCAACAGCCAAGACGGAACAAUUACCAUCUCGUUCCACAUCCAAGAUGGAACAAUUGCCAUCUCGUUCCACAUCCAAGAUGGAACAAUUACCAUCUCGUUCUACAUCCAAGAUGGAACAAUUACCAUCUCGUUCUACAUCCAAGAUGGAACAAUUACCACCUCGUUCCACAUCCAAGAUGGAACAAUUGCCAUCUCGUUCCACAUCCAAGAUGAAACAAUUGCCAUCUCGUUCCACAUCCAAGAUGGAACAAUUGCCAUCUCGUUCUACAUCCAAGAUGGAACAAUUGCCAUCUCGUUCCACAUCCAAGAUGGAACAAUUGCCAUCUCGUUCCACAUCCAAGAUGGAACAAUUACCAUCUCGUUCCACAUCCAGGACAGAACAAUUACCAUCUCGUUCAACAGCUAAAACAGAACAAUUACCAUCUCGUUUAACAGCCAGGAAGGAAACUCUACCUUCUCUUCCCACGGUCAGUACUGAAUCACUAACGCCUUCUACAACCAAGACGGAGCCGCUUGCUGCUUUCCCCAUAGCGUUGUUGGGCCACAAACUGGAAACAGAUGAGAUAAAAGUUGGUAUAAUCGAGCCUCUGGCUACGGAGGAUGAAGAGGCUCUAAGAGAAGGCGCCCUGGAAAGUAGAAAUGCCCGUCUGAGUGAAAGACGGGGAAGCAACCUCGAUAAGAUUGUCAUCCCCAAACCCGGCGAGGCUCUUGACGCGGUGUUAAAUGUCAAAAUCGAUAAUUUUGACAGAGAUGAGUAUGUGGAAUAUAAGAAAAGAUUUAGUGAAACAGACGCACUCAUUUCUGACUAUCUGAGGAUUACAUCAAGAAGUAUUUCACACACUCACGACAGUGAAGCAGGUGCUGAAGACAUACUUAAAUUGUCUCAUAUAUCUGACGCCAACAAUGUUGCCUUAAAUAGUCAUCCGCUCCCCAGUGAACAAGCAAGCAAUGUGGAGAGCUCUGAUGUGAAUGAAACAAAUAAUACAUUUACGAAAGCUGCUACUGAACAAGAUGAUGAUGCCAAAUACAGCCAGAGAAGCACAGGUGCGGUUGAUGACUCACUUGGUUUAUCAGCAUCUACUAACGAUGAUAAAUCACUUACUGAGAGAUCAGUAAAAGAUGAUAGAAAGUUGACCUCUCACCACCAACACCACGACCACUGUGCUCACACUACAUUCUCGUCUAGAAAACAAUCACUUCCGACUGAAGAACUCUUUUCUAGCGUGAAAACUCGACCCGUCUUCAGGAAGCUGAGUCUCAUCGGUCCCCUGACUGACUACCAGCCACUAGAUGCUACCUGCUGCAGGCCGUUGUUCUCACCUGUCCGGGAGACUGAGGAAGCCAAUCUCUGUAUCCCUGAUAAAUUUGCCAGCAAAGUGAAAACCAAAACUAGUUUAGGCAACACAAGGAAACAAGUCUCCAGCAGCUUACUUCAUCUACAGGACAAAAACUUAGAUACAGGAGAGCAAAAAAGUAGUUUGUGUGUGAUGGAGAGCGGGAAUACAUCAUCCUGUUUACCUGGGAGACCCUCUUCAGGUAGCAUCAAGGAGCACUAUUUACAAGAGAGCCCCAGGCUUAGGAAACACGUAAUAGUUCCUGGAUUACCCGAGGAUCACCACCACCACUACCAUCAUCACCACCAACACACCAAGGUAGCCACCAGCCUCAGCCAUGGUAUUUCUGACCAGCUAAGGUUGCACACGGAGAGGAGACCCACCAUACAUCCACACAAAUUAAAGAAAGUUAACGAAAAAUCGUACAGAUCCCCCCGGAAGUCGCUGAAGAAGGCACAGCAUCCGGCGAAGGACUCCAGCGCCAGUCCAAGGAUCUUGUUGAGUUCCCCGAGGCAUGAGUCCUUCGGUGCCUUCUUCAGCAGACAGGAAGGAAGCGGGGAGGGCAGGCACUCCAACCACUGUAGUUCUCUAGUGCCAUACCAACCUCUCGUUGACACCGCAGCUACCCCUACCACCCCAGAUGAUGCCACCACCAGGACACAACCUUCCAUUUCCACCGCCACCGCCACCGCCACCGCCACCGCCACCGCCACCGCCACCGCCGUCACUAUAAGGGAAGCCGCCACCAAUGCUGAAAUUAGAGCGCCGCCACCACCACCAACAGGAACCAGCAGGUAA